AUGGCCGGUGCUUCUGGAUCUGACGGUUCCGAGCAGCCCUCACUGGCCGCCGCAUCGGGCGCGGGAGGCGACUCAAAGCCGGAAUCCGCAAAGGCAGGCGGCGCGAAGCAGCUGACCCCGCAGGAGCGCGCGCGACUCGCGGCGGCGCGGCGACGUGCGCGGGGGAGCAAUGCGAGGCCGGGAAGUGCGGGGAAAGGCAAGCAGGGAGUCGCCACGUCACUCUACUUUUCCGUGGUGGCUCUUAUAAUCGCCAUCUGGGCCGUCUUUAUUUUCCGCGCCAUUCAAGCCCCCCCGCCGGUCCCGCUCACCGACGCUGACGUAACCAGCCCGCGCGUCCGCCUCUCGGACGGCCGCCACGUGGCGUACCACGAGAUGGGCGCGGCUGCUGACGUGGCCAAGUACCAGGUGCUGGUGGUGCACGCGUGGCAGACGUGCCGACUGAGCAUGCUGCCCAACAUCACGCAGGAGUUCCUAGAAGCCAACGGCAUUUGCCUGGUGAGCUACGACCGAGCGGGCUAUGGCCAGAGCGACCCGAACCCGGAGCGCACUCUGCAGAGCGACGUGCGCGACGCAGGGGAGGUGGCAACGGCAGUGGGGUUGGGGGAGAAGUUCUACCUCGUCGCGACCUCCAUGGGGACUUACGUGGCGCUCGGCGCGCUCAGAUACCUGCCGCACCGGCUCAAAGGCCUGACGAUAAUCAGCGUGGUGGGCAACCC